CAACGUUGGCAUCUCUUUUCCAAAAAAGGUUCGACAGGUCAUGUCAAUUUGACGCGGCUGUGUCGCGAAGUACCGAUACUUGUCUUUCUUCUCUUUCGAACAUAUUUUCUUUGCUAAACCAUGAUGAAAAGCAUCGCCUUGUACGAUUCUACGGCAUAUUGUAUGCAAGACGGAGAUUAUGUCUUUGUCCACAGCGACGAAGAGGGCGACGGUCACGACGACAAGUCUUAUGAUUACUGCGACGAUAUAGAAGUCACUGUGCCUACAGACAAUGUCUGUGUCUCAUUCCCCGACUUCCAAAUCCUUCAAGAUGAAAUUUCUGAUCAUGUUGCGACGACUUCUUUCGAUUUGGUCGACGAAACUGACGAAGGCAUUGACAGCAACUUUUCAUCGUCGGAGUAUCCCAUGCCUGAUCUCGACUUCGUAGAAGACGAUGACCUAGAUGUGGCUUCUAUUGAAGCGAGGGUUCAAGUCCUUUCCUUCGACCAGUCAAUGUUGGUUCCAAAGCUUUCCCCUAAGCCAGGGGAACGCUCUGAACGAAGCGAAUCGUAUUUGAAAACCACCCAGGCCGAAUCUGGAGUGCAUAUAGAUUCGACACGGCAAAAGGUAGAUUGGAUGUGCAGUCAGCUCCCCUUCAGAACUGAGAUUCUCCCGGAAACCAGAAAAGGUGAUGACGUACAAACAAAGUUGCUCUCUGACAAGAAGACCAACUUGGACCUGACCAACGCAUCCAUCGCUACCACAAACGCUGUUCGAAACCAACCCAGCCGUCUUUCGAAUAAGAAGCGCCGAAAGCAGCUUAAAACCGCAAAAAAAAUGGCAGCCAGCGUUGCGUCUCUCCAGCGAGUAGCCAAAAUACCAGCUGAUGCUAUCACCGAAACCAAUCAUACUCGUGGGCGUUCUGUGAAAAAACAGCACGCGCAGGCUUCUCCCACCAACCGACGAUCCUCACAAAAAGUCGCCAACAUAGCAGUUUCCUGCGCUACCCACUCAUUGGCGCUCUAUCGUGAGCAAGUCACACUCCAAUGCGGCAAGUCAUAA